AUGAAAGUGUUCACCUGCGUCUUGGUGAUGUUUGUCGCCAUGGCUGCCUGUACACAGGGCCACUCUAUACAGAAACGUUCCUUGGAUUUACAAGGCUUGAUUCAAACUAAACUCUCGCUGUUGAGUAGUUUAGGUGGAGGCUUGGGCGGUGGCGGAGGUGGUUAUGCCAGUGGUGGCGGCUAUGCUAGCGGUGGAGGAUAUGGUGGCGGCUAUGGCGGUGGUUAUGGUGGCGGUCAUGGCGGCGGUUAUGGUGGAGGUGCCGGUGGCGCCUCAAAGGUCAUAAUUGUUGUUGCUGGCGGCAGUGGAGGCGGCUAUGGCGGUGGCCAUGGAGGCGGCUAUGGUGGCGGCUAUGGCGGUGGUUACGGAGGCGGCCAUGGAGGCGGCUGGAACGGUGGUUGGAAUGACUAA